AUCUUUUAGGAAUUGAAAAUAAUAAACAUUAUUUUUUAUUUAAUUUCACUUUAAAGAUACUGUAAUAAUCUCAAAUAUAACCUAAAAUCUAUUCAAUAUCUAAUGAGACUUCGAUUUGCUUAACCCUAAGUAAAUUUAUUCGACACUUGCUCUCCUGAAAAUAAAACGUAAUUUUUGCUUACAAAUAUUGUACUUGCUCAUAUGAUAAUGGACAUCUAAUUUAAAGGAACAUUAGAAAUGAAUGCAAUUGUUGGUCUAUGCCAUUUCUGCGAAGCUCAUGGACCACGACCUUUAUUUUGCACCUUUACAACUCACGACGAGAACAACAUUACCGAAUCUUCGAAGACUACAAUACAAUGCAGUGGAUGUAAUUCUCUUGGUCCUGAAAUCGUAUUUGUAUCAAGAAAUGAUGAUGGAACUAUAUUCUGCAGUAGGGAGUCCGUCCCUAAUCCUGAUGUAACAGAGUUUUUACGCCAAGCAGCGAUUAGAAGCAUAACUUGUGAAGUGAGCUGGAGCAAAGAAGGUGGAGUAGUCUAUUUCAAUGACACAAGGGGUCAUGUACUCAGUCACAUGUUCCAAGUCAAGGACACACAUGCUAGGGGCCUCAAACGCUGGUUUUCCAUAGUUGUUCUAAUGAAAGACAAGAUGCUACUACUCAAUGUCAUGCCAGUGCUAUCUGAACAUAUGCAGAAAAUAUCUAAAGAGUUGCAAGAAUUAGCUGAAGUGGUAUACAAUGAUGAACAGAAAGUGUGUUCUCAGAGAGCACUCAGAUUAAAGACUGGCAGAAAUGAUUUUGGACAAUCAAGAUCACUUUUACAAUUAACAGGUGAAGAAAAUGUUUUCAAAAAACUUCAUUCUCACUUUACUUGGAUGUUAAAAGCUGGGGCACUGACAUACUCUGAAACAUUGUUUACAAGUGACGAUUUGCUCAAGAAACUAAGUCCACGCUCAACCACUAAUACGAUAUGUGAAGAUAGUAUUUGUAACACAAAUAGUGAAGACUAUAUCACUUUGAGAGCAUUGGAGAAUUUGUUAUCAAAAUCAGUUUUUAGAGUAUUACUUUACUGUACACUGACUGGAAUCCAUAUAUUUAUAAAGUCACAAAAUUCUACAGUUAUAAAUAAAAGUUUAUCACAAUUAUUACCAAUAACCAAUGUAAUAGCAACUCAUAUUCGGAUAAGUGACAACAACGAACAAAUUAUGAAUAUGGAAACAGCUUGCAUAGUUGAGGAAACAGAAAACAAUAACUUCAGUUACAAGUGGCAAGGAACACUGCCCGCUAAAUGCCCAACUAUUAUGAACAAAAUAGAGGCGGCAAUGACGAAUACUUACUUCAAUGAUGCAGUUCUUCAGCAGCAUGUGAAGACAUUACAACUAGAAUGGCUUGGAUUAAGUAAAGCAGUAAAAUCUGCAAUUGUGGCAUCAGGUCCCAAAUCACAAGAAGUAGUCAAUUUGAAAAAGGUUCUUGGCUUGACGCAACAAGAUGAUGUGUUAUUGAAAUAUUGGAUUGAAGUCUUUUGUAAUUAAGAGUAAUGUUAGUAGUUCUGUGAUAUUAGGUAAUCAUUCUAGUUUCUUAAUAUAAAAAUAUGAAUCAGUAUUAUUGUUUUUUUAUGGAAUAUUGCUCCCACCUAUGAGCAGUCAGUCAGCCCAUAGUGGCGAAAUCACCAGAAAUCAUAACGGGAAGUCGUUACUAAAAAUCUCCUAUCCCCUCUUUAUGAUUAAUAAUCAGAUCCUUGGUUGCUAUAUAGCUUUUUGCAUACCGCCAUAUUUCAAAAUCAAAUAUGAAUUAUGGAAUGAAAUUACCGUUAUGGGAGAAAAUUAAAUUGUUGAAGUCACAAUUUCUUAGAUCGUCGUGGAGUCCACGUCUAAUAGAGAAUAUGUGGUUAGAAUUUUCCUUUUUUGUAUAAAUAUGUACAACUACCAUGAAUUUUCACUAAUAAAAAAUAUAUAGGCAGGAUGUUCAUGCAAAAGUACUGCCAUUAUGCAUUAUGUGAUGGUUUGUAUUUGAUUUAUUCCGUAGAAUGUGUUUAAGACUGAAUAGGG